UUUGAGCCUUUUCUUUUAAUUUCAAUUCCGAGUCAACGCCACAGACACAUCAGAGCGUGACAAUAGGCAUACAAUAGGUGUGAUAGUGUGAUGUGUGAUGUCUGAUGUGUGUGACGAUGUGACGUCAAGCGUCAAAAUCAGUUGUAAAGCCGGUAUCGUCAUUUUUGGAAUCCUACUAAUUCAGCAAUCAUUAUUAUAAAUUAAGUAACAAAAAGGCAGUAUCGAUAGUUAUGUCAUCACUAUUACCAUUGGAAUCUAAUCCCGAGGUUAUGAAUAAGUUUUUACAUUUAUUGGGAGUUCCUAAUAAGUGGAAUAUUGUUGAUGUUUAUGGUUUAGAUGGAGAUGCCUUAGCUUGGGUUCCUCGACCGGUAUUAGCUUUAAUUUUACUGUUCCCAUGCAGUGAACAAUUUUAUAAACAUGCAGAACAAGAAUGUUCGGAUUUAAAAGAAAAAGGUCAAGUUAUUGCAUGUGAUUUAUUUUAUAUGAAACAGUAUGUUUCUAAUGCAUGUGGCACUAUUGCUCUCAUACACUGUGUUGCAAAUAACACAGAAGAGCUCGGCCUUCAGGAUGGACCAUUUAAAAAAAUUUUAGUUGAUGCCAAAGACUUAACUCCUGAAAAGAAAGGAGAAAUGCUUCUAAAUUCAGAAAAUAAUGAAGUUCUUAACUUAAUAACAGCUCAUCAAGAAUUAGCCAUGGAAGGACAAACAGAGGUCAAUCCCAAUGAACAAGUUAACCACCAUUUUGUCGCACUAGUGGAAAAAGAGGGUCACUUAUAUGAGCUAGAUGGACGCAAAGAAUUUCCAAUCAAUCAUGGACCAACAACAAAAGAAAAUUUCCUGGAGGAUGCAGCAAAAAUUUGUCGUGACUUUAUUGCCAGAGAUGCAGAGGAUGUAAACUUCACUGUGAUGGCUCUAACAGCGUCAGAUAAUUAGAAUCAAAAACUAUACAUUUUGUAUUUUGGAUUAUUGGGUUUUAUAAGAAAGAAUCUAUGAAAUGUAAUCUCAAAAUGUGAAUACUAGUAUAGUAUGUUUAUAAAUUAAAAAAAAAAGAAAAAACACCAACAUUGCAUUUUAAUGAAAAAAUACAUUGAAAAUUUGACUAUCAGCAUCUUAAGCGUUUGUACUCUAUGUGGCAUAAGUGAUGUCUUUUUAAGUUUGUAACGUUUUGCGAGAAUUUGUAACUUUUUGUCUUGGGUGUUUUGCAAAUGCCACUGAAGGUGACACCAGUCGCCUUCAGUUUUGCCAACAAUGCAAUAGUGAUUCUUUAGUUUAUACAUAAACAAUAUUAUUUUUGUUAUGUCAUUUUAUGUAGCUUUGAAAUAAAUAGCAUGACUAAUAA